AUGUCUCAUGUAGGAUCUUUCAGAGGUACUCCCAGCAGAGCUGGUACCAAUAGUGGUCGAAGCACCACUCCUGCUCCGUCGGGAAUCCCUGUUCCUAACAGUCAUACUCCGCCGGCUUCAGACUCCCAGCCCAGCGUCAGCGAUAGCCGGAAGAGACAGUCAAAGAGAGAUGAGGCUAUCCGUCGCAAAAUCGAAUCAGAUCUCAGCAAGAAGAAGAGCACGACUUCUCGUGCUAGACAGACGCGCAAAAUAGCCCCCGGAUCGGUCAUGGCCCUGCGUCCAUCCCAGGCACUCCAGAUCAAGCCUCUCACGACGGUAGCGGAGGCUGCCCAGCUCAUGGCGGCGAAGCGUGAGGAUUGUGUGCUCGUUACCGAUGACGAUGACCGCAUCUCUGGAAUCUUCACCGCCAAAGAUCUGGCGUUUCGUGUUGUAGGCGCCGGCAUCGAUGCUAGAGAUAUCACGAUUGCUCAGAUCAUGACCAAAAACCCGCUCUGCGCCCGGACCGAUACCUCCGCUACCGACGCUCUGGAUUUGAUGGUUCGCAAGGGUUUCCGUCAUCUGCCGGUGAUGGACGAGAACCAAGACAUCUCCGGUAUUCUGGAUAUCACCAAGUGCUUCUACGAGGCGAUGGAGAAGCUGGAGCGUGCAUAUGCGUCUUCCAGGAAGCUCUAUGAUGCGCUGGAAGGUGUCCAGUCGGAGCUCGGGUCCUCGCAGCCCCAGCAAAUCAUCUCCUAUGUCGAGGCUCUGCGGCAAAAGAUGUCCGGCCCGAACCUGGAAUCGGUCCUGGACGGCAAUCCUCCUACAGUUGUUUCCGUCCGGACUACCGUCAAGGAUGCGGCGGCCAUGAUGAAGGAGAACCGCACGACUGCGGUGUUGGUCCAGGAUGCCGGGAAUAUUACUGGUAUCUUCACGAGUAAGGAUGUAGUCCUGCGUGUCAUAGCGCCGGGAUUGGACCCUGCCAACUGCAGCGUCGUGCGUGUCAUGACACCUCAUCCGGAUUUCGCACCAAUGGAGAUGUCCAUUCAGGCUGCCCUGCGAAAGAUGCAUGAUGGACACUAUCUUAACCUUCCGGUUAUGAAUAAUGAAGGGGAGAUUGUUGGAAUGGUGGACGUCUUAAAAUUGACCUAUGCCACUCUCGAACAGAUCAACUCGAUGCAAACUGCUGACAGCGAGGGACCCGCUUGGAAUAAGUUCUGGCUUUCGCUUGACAAUGAUACAGAAUCCCAGAUUUCCGAUCACACCAGUGCGCGGGGUCCCACACCUUCGGUCCGAGGGCAAGGAACAGAAUCGCCAAUUGCUGCUAUGCGACACACAUCCGGCCUGAGCCACCUAGAACGUCACGAUGCUGCCAUCCAGCCUGGCGAUUCAGCUUCGCACAUCGGAGACCAUUCCGAAGGUUCCAUGAUCCAUGAUCCAGUUGCCGACCCGAUGGAUCAGCCGUAUGCGUUCAAGUUCAAGGCUCCCAGUGGUCGUAUCCAUCGUGUGCAGGCGGCCCCAAACGGAGGAUUGAUGGAACUCCUCGGUGCUGUUAGCGAGAAGCUUGGAGUCGAGGUUGCUGAGGUUGGCGGAGAGCCUGAGUUCGGAGCGGACGGCAGUUUGAUCAGCCAAGGCUUUGCGUUGAGCUAUGUCGACGACGAAGGAGAUAUCAUUUCCAUCACUUCGGACCCUGACCUGCUUGAUGCCGUCAACCUUGCCAGGCGUACCGGGAGGGACAAGGUUGACCUGUACGUUCACGACCCUUCGAAACCGGCUGUGGUCGCCACCGUAGACCCACAGCCCCCAAUUGUGACGAGGAGGAAGCCAAGAAUCGAGAUCGAGGAUCACGACGAGGACUCGGACGAUUCCGAAGGACAAGUGCGUAGGCCGAAGAAGAGGUACACGGCGCCGCCUGAACCCAUCUCACCGGCUCAGCCCGAGUUGAUUCCGGGAGUGCCCAACGAGCUGAUCUUGCCGGGGGCCAUCGUCACGCUCGCUGUGGCUAUUGUUGCCGUCUUUGCUCUGUCCAGAAGAUAG